AUCAUGGGGGUGGUUGCCCCCUUACAAGAUUUUUUAAGACUUUUGCCCAAAAGAAAAGUUUAAGGGCAUGCAUCAUCCUUGUCGACAACUUUAGGGGCAUUUUUGCCCCUUUUCCCAACCCUAAAAUAUACUUCGUAUUUUGAAUAUGUUUUAUAUAAAUCAGCACAAUCUACAAAUCUAUUCAAAAUUUUAUAAAUUUCCGCGGAAUCCGGCUGAAACUGGCUCCUAAAUAACGAAGUACGUAAUAAUGACAGAGGUAAAACGACAGUGGACUGGGUAGUCUGUAGCAAGCCAACAUCAUCAUUAUCUUCAUUCAAUUUAGGUUUGAAACUUUCAGAACUGAAUAGCUGAACUCACGGAUUGAAAAGAAGCACCGAUUGAGCCUUUGCUAUUUUCCUAUUUUCCUCUUGCGACUUGCGGAACUGCGGUCCUCUCUUGCGAGCUCUGCCUCUAAGGCACUGAGUGACUAAGUGUUCAACUAGUGACCCAUCGGCCAUUGGUACACAGUGCUUCAACUGGAGAUCCAUUGGGCCAUUGGUACCUCUAACACCGUCAAUUACCAGUCUGAGUUUAAAAUCUUGAUCACUAUGGACACAGGUGGGCACAUACACUGUUCCUAAUAAUUGGUUCAAGAGACUCUCAUUUCCGUGACUAGCUGCCUCCAGUUAUCUAUCCAAUGGCUGCUCAUAUGAACAUGGAGAUUGAGGAUGAUGAUUAUGUUGAGUAUGUUCCUGUGGCAAAACGAAGGGCGCUCGAGGCACAGAAAAUCCUACAACGGAAGGGCAAAUCUGCACCGUUAGAAGAGGAAACUGAAAAGACAAAACAAGUUGAGGCAAAGCCGAGCUUGCUUGUGAAGGCUACUCAGCUAAAGAAGGAAAUGCCAGAGGUUAGUUUGACUGAGCAAAUGGUUCAGCAAGAGAAAGAAAUGAUUGAGCAUCUCUCUGAUAGAAAGACUCUGAUGUCAGUGCGUGAACUUGCAAAAGGGAUUACCUACACAGAUCCUAUGUUCACUGGUUGGAAGCCUCCAUUAGCCAUCAGAAGGAUGGCAACAAGAGCCCGUGACACCAUUCGUAAACAGUGGCACAUUAUUGUGGAUGGAGAUGAUAUCCCUCCGCCCAUUAAGAAUUUUAAGGAUAUGAGGUUUCCUGACCCUAUCCUGGACAAGCUUAAAGCUAAGGGAAUUGUUCAACCGACUCCAAUCCAGGUACAAGGAUUGCCUGUCAUCUUGUCCGGAAGAGAUAUGAUUGGAAUAGCAUUUACAGGAUCAGGGAAGACGCUGGUUUUUGUUUUACCACUUAUCAUGGUGGCCAUACAGGAGGAGAUAAUGAUGCCUAUUGUGCCUGGAGAAGGGCCAUUUGGAUUAAUCAUUUGCCCAUCUAGGGAGCUUGCACGACAGACGUAUGAAGUAAUAGAAGAGUUCCUAGAGCCUUUAAGGGGGUCUGGGUACCCUGAGAUAAGACAUCUAUUAUGCAUUGGAGGAAUUGACAUGAAGUCCCAGCUAGAUGUGGUGAAAAAAGGAGUUCAUAUUGUGGUUGCAACACCCGGAAGACUUAAAGAUAUGCUCGCUAAAAAGAAAAUGAGCCUUGACAAUUGCAGAUAUUUAACACUAGAUGAAGCGGACAGACUAGUUGACCUCGGUUUUGAAGAUGACAUAAGGGAAGUGUUUGAUCAUUUUAAAGCCCAAAGGCAAACUCUACUUUUUUCUGCCACAAUGCCCACAAAGAUCCAAAACUUUGCGAGAAGUGCUUUGGUUAAACCUAUAACUGUGAAUGUGGGAAGAGCUGGAGCAGCUAACUUAGAUGUUAUCCAAGAAGUAGAGUAUGUGAAGCAGGAGGCUAAGCUGGUGUACCUUCUUCACUGUUUGCAGAAAACGCCUCCUCCUGUUUUAAUAUUUUGUGAGAACAAAGCUGAUGUGGAUGACAUUCACGAGUACCUGCUUUUGAAAGGAGUGGAAGCUGUUUCUAUUCACGGAGGAAAGGACCAAGAAGAGAGGGAGUAUGCCAUUUCAUCGUUCAAAGCAGGGAAGAAGGAUGUGUUGGUGGCAACUGAUGUUGCCUCCAAAGGGUUGGAUUUUCCUGAUAUUCAGCACGUGAUAAACUACGAUAUGCCUGCUGAAAUUGAGAACUACGUCCAUAGGAUCGGGCGUACAGGUAGGUGUGGCAAAACAGGAAUUGCCACAACGUUCAUAAACAAAACUCAGAGCCCAACAACCCUUCUUGAUCUGAAACAUCUCCUGCAAGAAGCCAAGCAAAGGAUUCCUCCGGUUCUCGCUGAACUUGAAACUCCAGGGGAGAAUGAUGAUGCAAUCACGAACGCAAGUGGGGUCAAAGGUUGUGCCUACUGUGGUGGUCUGGGUCAUCGUAUUAGUGAUUGCCCCAAGCUUGAGCAUCAAAAGAGCCAGCAAAUCGCGAAUCAAAGGCGAGAUUACUUUGGAUCUGGCGGAUAUCGAGGAGAAAUUUAAUUUGCUAUUGUGUAUUUUAUUAUAUUUUGUUCGUAUAAUUUUAAACUCAUUUAAUAACUCCAUUUUAUCUUUUGUAGCACAGUUGUUAUCUACGUCAUUACCCCUUGUACAGAUGAGAAAUAUGAAAAUUAUGUCAUUAUAUAAUGUGAUGAAGAGGAGAAGGUUUCAGGCUUCCAGUCAGCUUAGUCGUUUUGCUUGUUUAAAUGUAUCAGUGUGAUUGCUCUGUUUGGGCUUGUUUGUGAGGAUAUACUUCGUAAUAGAGUGCAUUUACUCAUUACGGGCUUAGGG